AUGAGCUCGCAGUACAGGCCCACAAAAUGUACAAAUUUAAACAAAACACGUGACCUCUUGGCCAACGUAUACACCACUCGACGAUCGGUGAGACCCAACUGUGCGGGGACAAAUAGAAGCGAUAUGGUGAAUUGCGAUAGAAAUAUGACCAUAAGUGUGUUUAUAAUGAAUGGAUGUCUGAAGAUAUUACGCCGGAUAUCAGAGACUCUGAUUCAGAUUAUCCAACUAUCCACCUGGUCCAAUUCCACUACCAUAUUUAGAAAUAAAAAACAACACAUAAACCAAGAACUGUCAAAACUAUACAAACUGUAUGGACCGGUGGUGACCGUAUGGGUCGGUCCCAUACCUAUCGUACUUAUCGGUGAUCCGGAUAUUGUUAAACAAGCUUUUAAACAACGAGAAUGCUCGGGAAAAUUUCAAGUUUUGCUUGGUUCAAUUUUCAACGAUGACAAUCAUAGAGAUGUGGCAUUCAAUAGUCACUUAGAAAGUGUGGUUCAGCUGAGAAAAAUGACCAUGUCUACUAUUCGGAAAUAUACAAAAUCAACGGAUUUUGAAACCUUAUUGAACACAACUGUCGAUGAAAUCUUUGUACAAAUGUUGACCAAAGAGGGAAUCGAUCGGCCGUUUAAACCUCAAUCUUAUUGUCACGAAUUGGUUAUGAAUAUGAUGAAUCAGGAAAUGCACACAAACUUUCAGUAUCCAAGCCAUUACUUUGGACAUGAAAUGAACAAUUUGUACGGCAUAUACGAGUUUAUACCCAUUGCGAGAUAUUUUAUGGCCAAUCCUUUGAAAAAAUUACAACAAAUAUAUAUUAAAUGUUUUGAAUACACAAAAAAUGAAUUAAAAUUACGCGAUAAUAAUUACGACGAGAGUAAUGGCCGAGACUUUUGCAGUAAGUUUAUUGACGCCAAACGCCGGGCAGAGGCGGAGGGAAAGCCGGGCUUUGAAUGUUUGAAUGAUAAUAAUAUUGCGGCCGCAGUUAUGGACAUCGAUUGGCAGCAAAUCAUGCGAAAUGAAGUGAACGAUAGACUGGGCGAUAGGGCACCGGUUGUGGCCGAUAAACACCAUUUGCAUAAUGUUAUGGCAUUCGUAUACGAGACCAUUCGUUGGAGAAACGCAGGGCCUAUGGGGGCACCGCAUAUGACUUUAUCGGAUACCAUAUUAGGUUAA